AUGAAGGUUUGUGACUGUGGGACGAACAUCAUUUUUGAGGGAUCCCACAUCAGUAAGGGAACUGUUGGCCCCAAACAGUAUCACCUCAGUCAACAUGAUCGUACCCACGGCUCAUUGGUCUGGAGGUGUGAUUCCCAUGAUGCUUUGGUGUCGGUAAACCUGGGUGAAGACGUCCCUCUGCUCUUGUCCAAAGCUCUGUGUCUGUGUCUUUAUGUAUGUGGUCAUUUGACCGGAGAGAGCAGAAGAGCAGCCAUGUACGGUUUCAUCAACAGUUGUCUGCAGUCUCUGGUGGUGGAGAGGUUUGGACAGGAGACAUGGAACACUCUCAGUUCUCUGGCAGGACUGCAGGAUCCUUUUAUGACCUACACUGUUUACGACGACGCUGUGACGCUCAGGCUGGUGCAGGAGGCCUGUGCAUUGCUGGACGUGCAGGCCGACGUGCUGCUCACACUCUUUGGAGAACACUUCUUCAGCUUCUGCAAACAGGCCGGCUACGACACCAUGCUGCGGACACUAGGGGGCGAUCUCGUUGAGUUUAUACAGAACCUAGAUGCACUUCACUGUUACCUGGCUCUGUCCUACCAGGAGAUGAACGCUCCGUCGUUCCGGGUGGAGGUGACAGAACAGGGGGACAUGUUACUGCACUACUAUUCAGACCGCAAAGGACUCUACCACAUAGUCCCAGGCAUUAUCGGAGCUGUGGCGAAGGAUUUCUUUGACAGCAGUGUGAGGAUGGUGGUGCUGGAGCAGACCGAAGAGGAGCAGAGGACCGGAAAACAAGAACAUGUGGUCUUCCUCGUCCAAACAUGGCAAAAUCUUCCAGAAAAAUCCAACAUUAAUGAAGAAAAGUUAUUGACCAAAAUGAAGGAGAGAUGCCAGAAAGUGAAGACGCGCGGAUGGGACUUGAUCAAAACUGCUGUUCUAUCAAAAAAAAGCCAAGCCCAGUCCUCCUGUAGCCCGUGUUACCCUGACAGGUUGUGGAUAGAGGAGAAGUCGUUCUGUAAUGCGUUUCCUUUUCACAUGGUGUUUGAUUCAAAUCUCAAAGUUCACCAGGUUGGAGUCAACAUCCACAAGUUUUUCCCCAGUCUGCUCAAAGACAACGCCACAGUGGACCAAUACUUUACACUGGUUCACCCUCAGGUGACCUUUACCAUCGAGAGCAUCAGACAGUUCAUCAACAGUCAGUUUGUGCUGGAGAGCUGUGGAGAGAGGAGCUCCAUCAAACUCAGAGGUCAGAUGCUGUGGAUGGACUCUCUGGGUUGUAUGUUGUACCUGUGUUCUCCUAAACUGAGGAGCCUCCAGGAGCUCCAGGACUCAGGGCUGCACCUGUCUGACCUGGCCCAGCACGACGUCACCAGAGACCUGGUACUGCUCAACCAACAGAGGCUGGCCGAGAUGGAGCUCACCAACCAGCUGGAGCGCAAGAAGGAGGAGCUGAGGAUCCUGUCCCACUUCCUGGAGGUUGAGAAGGAGAAGACAGAGAUGCUGCUGUACGCCAUGCUGCCACGCCACAUCGCCAACCAGCUCAAAGACGGCAAGAGUGUGGAAGCAGGAGAGUUUGAAGUCUGCACCAUCCUGUUCAGCGAUGUGGUGACGUUCACAAACAUCUGUUCUGCCUGUGAGCCCAUCCAGAUCGUCCACAUGCUCAACUCCAUGUACUCCAAAUUUGACAGGCUCACCAGCGUACACGACGUAUACAAGGUGGAGACCAUUGGUGAUGCGUACAUGGUAGUGGGCGGAGUUCCGGUUCCCACGGCGACACAUGCCCAUAAUGUGGCCAAUUUUGCCCUGGGAAUGAGGAUCGCUGCCAGAGAUGUCACCAACCCUGUCACCGGGACGCCCAUCCAGAUCCGUGUGGGGGUGCACACAGGGCCGGUCCUGGCGGGGGUGGUGGGACAGAAGAUGCCCCGGUACUGUCUGUUUGGGGACACGGUCAACACAGCAUCCAGGAUGGAGAGCCAUGGAGUACCCGACCACAUCCACCUCAGCGCCUCCACCUACAGUGAGUUAAAGGAUUCAGAGUUUGACAUAACAGAGCGUGGACAGGUUGAGGUGAAAGGAAAAGGGCUGAUGAACACCUACUUCCUGCUCAAGAACUUCCGACUGUCUGAAGACGCCAUUAUGGGUCGAGAGGGCUCACAGUGUGUAAUCCACCCUGACAACUCGGACCAACGAACUGACCACGAUGCUGGGAGAGUUCAGUUAAAGAGCAUGUUGUCCAGCGACCAGUGCACGCCCAGUCCCCGUGAGGCCCCUGGGAGAUCAUUUGCAUGGGACAUCACCUGGCCGUACCCCAGCAAAGACCGGCCCUCCUCUGCCAAGGGCCGCGGCAACACUCUGAGCCCAGUCUGUCACAUACUUUAACUCUGUGUUCAACAAAACA